UAAUGUCUGGCCAGUGUUUGCGUUGGUUUGAUAGUCGCCAACAAUUGCUGCCCGAUAUUUAUAACGGUAGACGGGCCCAAUCGGGCGAGUUUCCCUAUAUUGUCCUAAUAGUGGCCUGGGAUAUUAGUCCCGAAGAUAAUGAAACUUACUGGCAAAAAGGCACCUGUACGGGUAGUAUACUCAACGAGCACUGGUUUGUAACGGCCGCCCAUUGUUUUGAGUUAGACUGCGAACAACUUGACGACGGUAUUUGCAUAUAUACUAUACAUCCGGGUAUUAUCGAUAGACACGAUUUGGGUAUGGAUUAUGGUCUGGAAAAUCUGAUUAUACACGAAAACUAUACACUAAUGAACCGAACCGUUACAAUGGAUAUUGCAUUAGUCAAAGUCAAUCAACGAAUGAAUUUUACGGGAAAUAUCGUCGGCGGUAAUGAUGGUCACUAUCGACAGUUAAACAGUAUUUGUUUGCCGGCAGAGCCUACUAUUGAUGGCCAUAUCCGUGACGACGACAACGACCACUACGAGUAUGGAUUGAUGGCUGGUUUUGGUGUUACAGCCGACGGUAAUAUUGCCGAUAGUUUGCAAACGGGUUGGACUCGUAUACCACCACUUCAACAACAGCAGUCAGUGGACAGUCAGCUUAUUGUCAUACCAUCACAGUAUCCAUUUCAUGGAGGAACCUAUCCAUGUUAUGGUGAUUCUGGCGGUCCAUUAGUCCAGUACGUGGACGGUAGGGCUGUCCUAAUUGGUAUAUCAGUAUCGGUUUUCGGUAAAUUUAUUGGCGAAACCUGUCAGACAAUCAAUGCCAGCGAAUCGGUUGCAUUUCUUAAUAGUAUUUGUAAUGUCGUUAUCGCAUCGGAUCUACAAAUCGGUAACUAUCCUAACCUAACGGAUACCACCAAUCAGUGCGGUGUCGGUCGUCAAUCGACUCUGAUGUCUGGCCAGUGUUUGCGUUGGUUUGAUAGUAGCCAACAAUUGCUGCCCGAUAUUUAUAACGGUAGACGGGCACAAUCGGGCGAGUUUCCCUAUAUUGUCCUAAUAGUGGCCUGGGAUAUUAGUCCCGACGAUAAUGAAAGUUUCUAUCAAAAAGGCACCUGUACGGGUAGUAUACUCAAUGAGCACUGGAUAGUAACCGCUGCCCAUUGUUUCGAAGUUGUCUGCGACUAUGAAAACGGUUGCGCCUAUACUAUACAUCCGGGUAUUAUCGAUAGACACGAUUCGGUGGAUUUGGAUAUGGAUUACGGUUACGAUAAUAUUAUUAUACACGAACUAUAUAUGGAAAUGAACCGAAGCGAUACAGUGGACAUUGCAUUGGUCAGAGUCAAUAGGACAAUGAAUUUUACGGCCAAUAUCAUCGGCAACGGCGGCGACGGUAACGGUGGUCACUAUCGACAGUUGAACAGUAUUUGUUUGCCGGCAGCGCCUAUUGGUGGACAUAUUAUUGACAACAAUGACGACCACUACGAGUAUGGAUUGAUGGCCGGCUUUGGUGUUACACUGGACGGUAGGGUUGCCGAUAGUUUGCAAACUGGUUGGACUCGUAUACCAACCCGCCAUCAGCAGCAACAACUGUCAGCCGAAAGUGAUCAGCUUAUUAUCAUACCAUCGCAGUAUCCAUUUCCUGGCGGAUCCUAUAUUUGUUUUGGUGAUUCUGGCGGUCCAUUAGUCCAGUACGUCAACGGUAGGGCUGUCCUAAUUGGUAUAUCAGUAUCGGUUUUCGGUAAUAUACAGGUCCCUGUAACCUGUAGUACAAUCAAUUCAACCAAACCGGUUGGUUUUAAGUACAUACGGGUGACUGAAAAACUAGAUUGGAUUCUAACGGAAAUUUUAGAUGAAAAAUAA